AGCCACUACAUGCAGAUGUACAGCCAGCUGAUCACGGGCAAGACGAACCACAAGCAGGUGGACGCCAGCACGCAUUGGAUUCUGCGCGCAUACUAUACAGACCGCCGGGUGCUGUUUGGCUUCUGUUUCGGCAACGAGGCGUUUUUCAUGCUGAUCUAUGUUCUGCAUUAUGUGAACGGCAUGGCGUACUGGCUGGUGGCCGCAUUGGCGGUACUGGCAGGCCCGGUGUGUGUGGUCAAGAACCUUAUUAAUGCUGUGCAGCUGUAUGAGUCGGCCAAGGAUCUGGCGCGCCUGGACGCGGCUCAGCUGAAUCGCGAGCGGGCAGCGAGGGAAUAGAAAUAAAUUUGGUGAUUUUCUUUAACUGAUCCUGAGUGCCUGGACAUGUGACGUAUGCACUCCCUUUUUUCAAUGCAUGUCUCCGAGUCGCAGGUGGCCAGGGGGCACGCUACUACCUGUGCCUCCUGCCAAUACUGCGAUCAACAGAGGGCUCCUUUUGUGUCUCUGACACCCACCAUUACUUUUUUACCACUACUACCCAUGUCCGGCCUUAUUAUGCGCGAAUUCUUGGACAGAAUUGCCGCAGGGCGAAUUCCCUCCGGCAACUACGGCAGUGCCAUCGACCUGCAAAUAGCCACAGCCGACGCAAAGCAGCGCCGGGUGACCUACGAAUACACGGUCACAGCCUCGGAAGUCUCGCGUAACUACCUGGACGAAGGCUGGCUGGCCACCGUAACCGACAAUGCAACCGACCCGCUUAUCUGCGCAGUGGCCGACACCCGCAAUACCUUCACGACCUCGCUGACUGUUAAUAAUCUGGAGAAGAUCGAGGCUGGCGUGCGUCUUGAGAUCGAGUGCCGGGUUAUCAUGUUCCAGGGGCGCAUGCUGCAGGCGACCGCAGUGUUCCGCGAUGCAGCCAAGCCCGGGACAGUGUAUGCGAUGGGCUUGCAUACUAUGGUCUACAAAGACCACGUCGGCCAGGUGCCGGGCGGCGUGUCGCUGGCCAGGCUGUGAAAUCCACAUGUACUUUUUUGGCUAAGAAAAAAGUAUCCUUUGGUCAUGUGCGAUGAGGAUUAACCCCACCUUUUUUUCACAUGUAAUGGUGCGAGACAACACACCAAAUGAAAUGUACGCA